AUGAACAAGUCUCGGCAAAUAUCAGUAAAAAAAGUCAGCCCGUCAAUAUUUCUUGUCGACAUAGGAACAGGAUCAGGUGAGCGUUCUAGGCAGUUGGACCUAGGUGGCACUGGAGAACCAAGAACUUGUUACUGGAAUGAGACCGAUCGGGUCCAAGUACCAAUAGUGAGGACGCUCCCUGCUGAUGUCUCAAAUAUGGUACGUCGAAUGAGAGAGAAGCGGCGAACUGCAAGUCCCACAUGGAAGUACUUUGGUACUGCCAAACGUACUGCAAAAGCUGGGAUAUGCCCAAUCGCCAUUACGUUCAGCCCAGCAUCUGCGAACAGGGAUCGCCGCGGAGAUCUGGUAAGGAUCGGCACCGACGGCAAGGUGCGGUCAGUCUGCGAGUGUCUCUUGGCAGACGUACUGUGUAUCCACUGUCAGCAAGAGAAAAACAAAAAAGGCAAGGUUAUCAACCGGCUAAUCGGAAUCAGGAAAUUCGACGCGGAAACAACUCGUGGCACAAACGCGGCGAGCCCGGGGUGCGAUUUCACGGACGAUCUAGGCGAACGACCAGCCUAA